CGAAACAGAACUGUCAUGUGCGGUGUGUUAUGUGUGUUUUUUCCUUGCAAAUAAUUUCGAAUUUUUAUCGAAUUUCCUUCGACAUAGGAUAAGCAAUCGUCGAUGUGACCAUGGCGAUUUGCUUACGCACAUUUUCACACAAAAUAUUGCCCAUAAAUGGCAUUGUUACGACAAAAAAUCAUUCCAACCGUUUAUCCCGGAAAAUUCCUAUUCGGACGCAAUUUCUGGAAGAUUUUCUUAAACGACGUAUAUCGAGCUGCCAGCUUGCACCUAAAAGUACAGUAGAUUAUAAUAUAGACGAUAUUUAUUUUCAAGAAGUAGCUGUCUCUAAUAGUUUGAAUAAACAAAAUGAAAUUCUGAAACUAACCUUUAUCGAGACAGCAGAUGGGGUUAAAGUUGACGAACUCGGUUUUAAGUCUGUGAAGAUUAGGGGUGACGAUUAUGUAGAACCAAAAAGGUUGCCAACAUGUUUGAAACGGCUGCCUGCAAUAAAUAUGAACUGUAUUGAUUUUACAAAAUAUUCUGGAGAGGACUUAGAACCAACUUGUCUAUCAGAUUUUGAAAGGAAUGCAGUAGCAUUUUGCCAAGGACCUGUAUCACCAGCUCCAGCUAAUCAAAAUUUAAGUGAAGAGGGUAAACCCAGUGAGGAACAAUUGAUGAAAGUCUUUCAUGUACUGUCUGCAAAUAUGCCAGAAUUGUUCUUCAAAACACUGGAUUACACUAUUUAUCAUCCAAAUUUAGUAUUUGUUAACAAUAUUAGGGGAAUGACAACCGUAGGAUUAAUUCAUUAUGUUAAGCAAGUCGCACUACUACGCACAGUGGGUCACAUCAAGUUUGCCUAUGUCAAGUUUGAAGUUUUAAAAAUCACUGCCCAUCCGGAGGAUUCCACUAUCAAAAUGAGAUGGCGCAUUAGCGGUAUUUCCGGUCUGAAAGUGUUCUUCAUGUUCUGGAAAUACAAGCUGUGGAAUCUGAAAGAAGCAUUCCGCGAUCAAGAAAUGUGGUAUGACGGAUUCUCAACAUUCUAUGUUGGUUCAGAUGGUCUCAUCUACAAGCAUGUUGCUGAUAAAGUAAUGCCAGACCAGGAUACGAUUAUAGACGAUGAGGAAAAGGCGCCAAUUGCCGCCAAACUAGCGCUUCUAGUUGGCCUCAUCCCACGCAAUUAUUUAUCAGAUGUAACGCCCUACUUCACGACCUCAUCUGGCACCACAGAUCAAACAAUUUUGCCCUUUAAAGUCCUAGAAUAGACAAUCAAUUAUUUUUUUAAGGCCUUAUAUUCAUUGGGUAACAUUUGUCAAUUCAAAGUUACUACUUGUGUAGAUUUUUUAGUUAGUUUUCGUUAAUUAAAAUAAGGUUCACAAAAUAUCGGUUAUAUUUAAAUAAUUUGCAAAUGUUGCCUAAUGUGUAUGUGGCUUUAAAUUAUGAAUUUUUAAUUUAUUUUUUGUUUUAUUAUUGGCCAUGUCAGUACAGUAUUUGCUCGCUACAAAUUAUUUUAAUAAUUAAAGCUAAUUUAUGCAAUUUAUAGGGCAAAUUAUGCUUCUCAGUGUGUCAGGUUGUAUAUUAUCUAGUUAAUUAUUGUGAACGCCUUAUUGUUUAUAUACACGUUAUCUAAUGUAAUAAAUAAUGAUACUAUUAA